UCCCGGGUGGAAUGACGGGAGGGAGUCCUGGCAGCUCCUACCUCCCAGCGAUGGCGUCGCAGUGCCGCGCCCAGUCCUCAGCCUGCCGGCCGGUACUCACCACUACCCGGAGUUCGCUCAGACUGUGAGAUUUGGGGCGGGUCCGAGGCAGCGGCGGGACGCUACCUGCGACCGGGACCAUGAGGAGCUGCCAGACCCGUGGGGCCGGUAACGGGAGCAGUCGCGGCACCUGCUGAGAGGAAAGAGGGAGCGGCCCGGCGCGGCUGGGGCGCGGCAGAGGCUUGCCCGCGCCUCGGCCAUGUCACUGCUCUGCGUGCGCGUUAAAAGGGCCAAAUUCCAGGGUUCACCAGAUAAAUUUAACACAUAUGUGACCCUGAAAGUACAGAAUGUGAAGAGCACAACUGUAGCAGUUCGUGGUGAUCAGCCUUCCUGGGAACAGGAUUUCAUGUUUGAGAUUAGUCGCCUGGACCUGGGUCUAAGUGUGGAGGUAUGGAACAAAGGACUGAUCUGGGACACCAUGGUGGGGACUGUGUGGAUUGCACUGAAGACUAUUCGUCAGUCGGAUGAGGAAGGGCCUGGGGAAUGGUCCACAUUGGAGGCAGAGACGUUAAUGAAAGACGAUGAGAUCUGUGGAACUAGAAACCCAACUCCUCAUAAAAUUUUGCUUGAUACAAGAUUUGAGUUGCCUUUUGAUAUCCCAGAGGAGGAAGCCAGAUAUUGGACCUACAAAUGGGAGCAAAUCAAUGCCUUGGGAGCUGACAAUGAGUAUUCUAGUCAAGAAGAAAGCCAGAGGAAGCCAUUGACCACUGCUGCCGCCCAGUGUUCUUUUGAAGACCCUGAUAGUGCCGUUGAUGACCGAGAUAGUGACUAUCGCAGUGAGACCAGCAACAGCAUCCCACCUCCUUACCAUACAACUUCCCAGCCCAGCGCUUCUGUGCACCAGUUCCCUGUGCCGGUGCGAUUGCCACAGCAGCUGCUACUUCAAGGCAGUUCCCGGGACUCUUGUAAUGACUCUAUGCAAAGUUAUGACCUUGAUUAUCCAGAGCGGCGGGCCAUCAGAUAUCCUCAGAAAUAUGAUACACUAGAUAGAAGAAGAAAAAAGAAACCCUUAUACAAUCAUUUUGAAGACGGUGAAAGAAGGCAAUAUGAUGAGAGAUCUGAAACUAAGACUAACUACAAAAGUACAUAUUCUAAUACUGAAAAUUGUAUCCUUUGCCAUACUGAAAAUAAACAAAAUAUGGGGUACCCAGUUUUGUACCCCUACAAAAAUGGAUUUGUGGUUAAGAGUGGCAUGCAGUGCAUUAAGUUGGAAAGUCAUGAUUAUGAUCUGUCCAGUUGUUUAAGGCACUGUGAAAAGUCAUCUGGCUCAAACCAGCAUGUCACUAAUUUUACCUCAUUAGAUAUUCUUGAAGAUUCUACUAGUAGUACUUCUGAUGAACUUCUGGAUUCCCCCAUUUCUGAUAAGCAGGAAAAUUUACAGUCACCAACAUGGCAUUCAUCCAAUGUCCACCAUAUUGGAGAUUUUCCUGAAGAAUAUUAUGUAGCAAAUUCAGCAUUGCCAUUACAAAGGAUGAAUUGUGAUGCAAAAACACUUGGAGAUCUGUCUGGGUGCUCUAUAGAAGAGAUAACCCCUUCCUCUAUUGAGGAGCCCAAGGAGGACCAUAUUGAUACAAUGGAUGAGCUUCAGUGUUUGUUAGAAACGGUGUCAGAAUAUUUAGCAGAGAAGGAAGAGGAGAUUAAUAGAUUUGGUUCACUUUCAAAAACUAAAAAAUCACAUAAACCAAAUAGUACUGUUGAUGCAGAACAGAGAAUGCCUGGGGAUCAAAUACCACCUUUAACUAUUGUCAAGAAUGACAAGGACAUGGCCAUCUCUUUCCCUGAGUUGACUGGAGUAAAAUGUUCUGUUGGUUCUUUGUUUAGUUCACUCACAGAAAAAGUGGGUUCAGGCACAAAGCAUCUAACAAACUCUGUAGAAAAGUUGGUUUCCUUAGUCCCAGAAAAAACAGAAACUCUUAAUCAAAUAGAGGCAAUUAAUUCGGAAUCUAAACCCAGAGCCAUGGCGGUAUUGGAGAAGGAUCUUUCCAUGCAAUCUCCAUUAUCCUGUCAAAGAGAUGAUAAUGUGAAUAUAGGCAGACAUGGAAAAACCUCUGAAAAUGAGCACAUGGGUAAUAAAACUGGGAGUUUAUACUUUCAGAAUACAACAGAAAGUAUUGCAAAGGACUUGGCUCCACAGAAUCAGAGUUCAGUUAUAAAGUCGGUUUUCAGCAGGUUAAAUCCAUUGAAGAUCUUUUCAGAAAAGGAGGAAACAAAAAAAGAUGAUGACCAGAGUAAGCCACCAAGAAAAGAAAGCUUUGUUGAGUGUGGUUUGGAGUUAAAUAAAAGGGAAAGCACUCUUGACAAUCACAGUAGUAGCAUCAUUGCUUUAAAUAGGAGUGAUGAAGAAACUGUAGGCUGGUUCCAGAUGCCCACAAGUGAGAAUUUAUUGUCCUCCCAAGUAACCAGUGAACCUUCAAACUUAGUUAGUUCUGCAAGUAAAAAUGAUGAUAUUGAGAGUCUAUUGGAAGGAAAACCCUGUAUAGAUCUGUCUCUGUUACCAGAUCAACAAAAAAUAUGUGCCAAAGAUACUCCAGGACAUCCUUGUAUAGCUGGCAGUAGAACUGCAAAUAAAGAGGUAUCUUCAAAGCCAUUAGAGGAGGACAAAGUUACUGGUAAUGAUGAUUUCCUUGAGCCACUCAGAAAAUCAUUUAGCCAGUUUUUGCUCACUUCCCCUGAGACUUGUUCAAAGGAAAGUUUGUCAGAAUCUGUGAAAAUUCACCAGAUGGAGGAAGAUGGAUUAGAAAGGGGCUCUAAGAAAGAUGGUCGUUCCUUUUCCUUUAGUGGAAAACUAAAUCUUCCAUUUUUUAGAGGUCUUGGUCAUUCUGAAAAGCAACAGGAGUUAAAAGAGAAAGGAAGCAUUUUUCCUUUGUUUAAAUUUUCUUUCACUGACAGCAAGGUUACUGUUAAUGACCAGAGUUUACAUGGCUCAGCAGUAACCACUGAUAAGGAGAGCAAAAAAAAUUGCCAUGAAGAUACCAAACAUAGUUCAAUAAAAUCUAGUUCUGUUCCAAAUAUUCAUAGUGAUCUAGGAAAAUUUGACAGUAGAGAGGAAUUUAAAAAGAAUGACCAAAUAAAUUGUCCUGAAGAUGCCAAACUUAAUUCAAUAAAAUCUAGUUCAGUUCCAAAUAUUCAUGAUGAUCUAGAGAAGUUUGACAGUACAAAAAAAUUUAAUAAGAAUGACCAAGUAAAUUAUCCUGAAGAUGCCAAACUUAGUUCAAUAAAAUCUAGUUCCACUCCAAAUAUUCAUGAUAAUCUAGGGAAAUUUGACAGUACAGAAGAAUUUAAUCAGAAUGACCAAAUAAAUAGUCCUGAAGAUGCCAAAUUUAAUAUAAUAAAGUCUGAUUCAGUUACAAAUAUUAAUAAUGAUCUGGAGAAAUUUGGGUGUAUAGAGGAAUUAAAUCCAAGUGACCACACAGCAGGAGAGAAUUUCGAAAGAGAUGGCUUAGCCAUCCCUGGGGUUGUGCCCAAAGAACAUAUAACUUCAGAUCCUUUAGGAGAAGGUAAGAAUCUUAUACAAGCAGCAUCUUCAGUAGCAUCAGGCUCUUCAUUAGAGUGUAUUUCUACCACUUCCAAAUCCACUUUGGUUAAUGAAAUUAAUGAAGAUAAGGUUAUAGAUAAGACUUCCAAGAAAAAAGCCCAAGGAAGCUUCCUUUCUGGCCUGUUUAAUAGGUUUUCUUCUGCUGAAAAUUUGUCUAGUCAAGAAUUAAAUUUGAAAAAUGAUGACUCCUGUCACAAGAAUAAUACUCCAGGUUUAAUCUCUGGAAUAUUUAACCUGCUAUCAAAUAGCAGUAUGACUGAUCAUAAACCAGAGGAAGCAAAGUUCAUGUCUUUAGGCAACAUGAAGAGUUUGAAUGGAGAUAAGCAUUUAUCCUUGGAUGAGGUCCCUGCUACUUCAUGCGUGACUUCUGAGAAUCUGAAGAAGCGUGUUGAAAAACAUGAAACUUCUAGCUUCAUAGAAGCCUCCUUAUUACCUAAAGAAAACAUACCAUUAUCUGAUGCUGGGGGUGAUAAUCAUCAUUGUUCCCCUACAGAGAAAAACCAGCAAAGUGAAAAGCAUCACGCCUCCUCCGAGAACAUUGUACUUCACUGUGCUCCAAGUGCUCAGCUAGGUUUUUUGGAGAAAUCUACGGCUAAGAGGCAAACUCCAAACCAUAUUCUUGAGGCAACACUACAUGAAAAUUCAAACAAGUUAAAUUCACCUGUACUAAAUACUAACAUUCUCAAUAAAUCAAGCAACUAUCAGGCUUUUGAAGAGAUGAACAAUCCUUUCUGUUUUGAAUGGGACUCUGACAUAAAAGAUUUGUCUAAAAAUUCCAGAAAACUUCAGCCACUUUAUUAUAUGUUAAAUCAAAAUAGAUUUCCAUCAGCUGAUGCUUUCUUGUGGCUUGACUCAGAAAACUCAGUGAUAAAUUUUUGCCAAAAAGAUCAAAAUGCAAAUAUCUUGGAGUGGAGAACAAAUCCAAACAGUGUCAUUUGGUGUGACUUACCAUAUGAAUCAUUCAAUCAGUUAGCAUUUAAUGAAGAUUACUUAUUAAGAGGUGAUGUGUGGGCAGCUAACUUGUUAUAUGGAAACUCUGGUCCUCUUCCAAUUAAUGAGGCUAAUAAUUCACUAGAAGAAUUACCCAUUGACUUAAGUUCUUCAUCAGAUCAUGAAAAGACUACAUGCCCCAUAGUUGAUCAAGAAUCAUUAAGAAUGGAUGAAAACUUUAUUUUUUCAAGUUUUGGUUAUGAGUACCAGGAAUGGUUGUCAUGUCUUGAACAUGGAGUGUGGUGGCCAUCAGAGGAUGGGGAUUAUGGAUAUUAUAUGUUUCAUGAUGGUCAAUAUAUCUAUUCUCUUCUCACUGAUUCUACUGGGCAGUAUGCAUAUUUAUUUAUACCUGACUCUUAUCAAGAGUAUUUGGAUUGUGAUUUAGAGACAAAUGGUCUAUCAAGUAUUAUGUUGGAUGACAGCAUUAUUUCUGCCUGUAGUUUUAAAGUACUUGAUAAGGAAGAUGAAAUAUUGUGGUAUGUUGAAGAGGAACCAAUUGAUGACCCUCUUGAUUUAUCUUUAGCUUUGCCAAGAAGUGAGGAACCAUUGUAUCUAAAUUUAGAAAGCUUUUCACAAGUACUUAAAGAGUCAAGUUAUGACCAAAGCGAUCAGCCACUAGAUUUUUCAGGCUAUAAUCGUCAAAAGUUUAAAGGAGAUUUUAGAUCUUUCAAAGAAAAGCCAUGUGGUUCUGAAGACCCUGAAUGUACAUUAGAUCUCAGAAAUCAGCCCCGAACUAUUAGUAAUCAUGUCUUAAGCAGAGAUCAAAUUAUAGAAAGAGAUAAAAACCAGCCUCUAGCUAAAGAUUCAUCAGUUCACCUUUCCAGUUUCCAUUGGCCUCAGUCUUCUGUUGAAGAAGUUACCACUUUGUUUCAUCCUGAAAAUAUGACUAAAUUCUCACAACAAGCAGAAGAGACAUCAUUAGUGAACAAAGUAACUUCAGUAUUUUCUGUUUUGGGUGCCUCAGUUGAAAGUACUUUGAAGUUUGAUAAGAGUGAAUCCUUAGAGUCUUUGGCCAUGCAGAAAGUGAAUCAGCAGUCAGAUUUAGCAGAGCUCACAAAUGAUGGCUUUCAGUCAUUAAUCGUGAGUAAGCAAUUAGAGAGUAACUCCCCAAAUGUGGAAAAAAGUCUUCUUAAGGAUUCAGAAAGACAGAUAGUAUCCAAUGUUCGGCAUCCAGAAUUGACCAAAAAUGUAAGGCAAGAAUUCUCUUCAAAUAAAAACAUCCAUGUGAAAAAGCAAAGUUUGUUAAAAUCUGGUUUCCAGGUAAGCCAAACAACUCCUCAGGCUAAAUCAGGUGUAAAAGAUGACGAAAUCAUUACAAUGGACUCUAUUUCAGUUUCUCCUGCACCUCAGCCUAGUGGGGAUGAGCAUGAGAAUUGUGAGCUUCCCCAGGACCAGUCAUCCAAAGAGUCUGAUAAAACCUUAUUUAAAAGUGCAUUGAAACUCUUCAGUCGAGAAGAAUCGUCAGUUAGUAUGACAGCAAAUGAAAAACAGUCAUCUGGAUUUUUGAAUCUUUUUAAGACUCAGGUGAAUAAAGAAGGAUCACCGAACUUAGAAAACACUGGUGAUACAAAUGUCAAGAUAUCACCUCAAGAAAAGAAAGAAUCUUCUGGUGUUUCAAAUUUUUGGGGUACCCUUGGGGAUUUCUUUAAAGCCAAUGUAUCUCCUAUACAGACAAAUGAAAAUAUGUCUGUUUCUUCAAUGACUAAUAAUGAUGAGGUCAGGUCAAGUCCUACUCCUAUGGAGCUAGCUAGCCAGGGUGCUGGGAACUUUCCUGCUGCACCAGUUUCCUCUAAAGGGAAGGCUAGAGUUAGAAGACUGAACAAACAGACUAAUAUCGAUGACAGUAGGUUAAAGGAACCAUCAACUAGAGGGAUCCAGGGUAAUGAUUUGACUGAAAAAGAGGUACCAUUCAGAGACCAUCUAAUCCAGCAGUCACCUAAUUCAUCUUUUUCAACAAGUAGUCUCAAAGAGUCUUCCAGGGAGUCUUCAGCAGAAACUAGUGGUGUGACUACAGUGACAGAAGUUUCAAAAAGUAAUGAAAUAUCCUUUGAUACCAUGAGCAAAAGAAAUUCAAAUGAACAAGAUCAUUUUUCUGACAAAGACUGGAGUUUCUCCAUGGCUACAACAUCUUCAUCUCAACCAGAGUUAUCAACCAAAAAGAGUAUAUUUUCUUUUCUGACUGGAUCUGAAAAAUCUGAGAACAGAGCCUCUGCUACUCUACCAAGAGCCAAAUCUCAAGCAGAAGGGCUAUUCACACUUCCUUCCUUUUUUUCCACUGCUAGCUCAAGCAUUAAGAAGGAUGCCUCUCAUAGUAGCUCUACUUUUAGUUUCUUCAGCUUGUCCUUUUUGGAUCAAAAAAAGGAGACCUCUGGGGAAAAACAAAGCAUUUCAACUGUUGUUCCAGUGACCUCCCAGCCCUGUAAGAAGACAAAUGUUUUUGUAGACAGUGGUAGCACAAUGACCAGAGAAAGUUCCAGUGGUCAUAGAGAUAGCAUAGCCCAAGAAGUAGUUCGUGAACAGCAAAUGGCGCCUUGUAUUUCCAUUAACAACACCAUUGAGUUUACCUCCCUUGCAGAUGAGCUCAGUGUAGAGAAGGACUUUCAGGAAAAACUAAGUUCCAAUAUUGUACCAGGGACAUCAGUGGAUUUCCGGAUGAAUGAGUUGCAAAAAGACAUUAUUCUUCCUUCACCAGAGUUUCAGGCACAGGCUGAAACAUUCCUCAUUGGCCCAGAGAACCUUGGGAUAGCUCCCCAUGAAGAAGAGGCUUUCAACCACAAAGCCUUCCCCAGUGACUCACUGUCCAACUCUUUUUCACAUGCUGAACAGUUAAUUGAAAAAUUCAGUGAUUUAGACACUUGUACUAACUGCCACCAAAAUGAGAAAUUUACUACUGACCCAGUGAACUUGCCAUUAGAAAAGGCCCCUGAUGAGGUCCUACCACAGAUCCUGGAGCCAGCCUCUUCCUCUCCAGAGCCAGGGUGUGCAGGGAAACUUCAAAACCAAGAUGCAGAUAAAGAGGAAGACAAAUUUGCAUUAGGCUCUUCAGCAGACAUGCUUUCAGGGUUUGUCACCAAAGUGAAAUCUUUCUCUGGGAGCUUAAUUGAACCUCCCAAAACACUCUCUGGACUUUUCUCCUCUCCUAAAUCUCCAAAGAAAAACUCCUUUUUCUCUCUUGCUUCUGAUGUAUCAUCUCAGCCCCUCAAAGGUGAAUUAUUUGGAAUUUUCAAAAGUCCCAAGCCAGAGCCAUACAAACAAGAAUCAUCUCUCCCAGCUACUUCAUGGCUUCAAAAUGGUGGUUCCAGAGAUGCUGUAGGAUCAGUACCUCCAGAAAGGAGAGAAGCUGCCUUUACAGCACCCAGUUCAGAAUCUACUCUCAGUGACUGUAGAAUGACUGUGGUUAGUGCAAAGCCAGAAUCAGAUAUCUUGACAGAUGAUGCUAAACUAACAAGCAAAAUGGAAGACAAUAAUACUCCUGAAAAUAUUCUGGAACCUCAACGUUCUGAAACAAUUAAUACAUCAUCUUUCUCAGGUGAUGAUACUGGGCAAGGAGUAUUGUCUCUGAGUGAUGAAGGAGACAUGGGGAUAUUGCAAGCUACAGACACAGAGGCAUCGUUAGAAGCAGAGAACUUUGCGCUGCCAACACAGUUGCAUCCAGAUCCUACCUGCGUUGCCGAAGAGCUUCCACCUCCAAUUCAGCCAUCUCUUCCUCUUGAGUCAGAGCCAGCUAUUCAAACUGCCUCCGCAAACCAAGACUUACUGGAGCUGCAUCCAGCCAGUUCACUAGAAACUGAUACUACGCUGUUCAGUGAUGCGAGUGUGAGCCAGAGCACCACGCUGGAAACUGAAGGGCACUUUUCUCAUCCUCUGCUGGAGGACCCUGCGCUUCCUGCCAAAGAAAGUUGUGAGAUAAUUCAUGCCCAGAAAGAUCCACCUGUAGUCCGCCAGGAAACAGAACAGUCAAGACCACGUUUUGAGAUCCCAAAUGUGACCACUUGGCCAAAGCUUCGUUUGCCAUCCUCUGCUACUAACCAUGGGAAACCACUGAGCUCUUUCUUUUCCUCAUCUCUCCCCUCUGGCAAUAGAGCAGCAGAGACUGGUUUAAUGUCCAGUUUUAAGAAGUUGUCAACUCUAUUUGAGGGAAGUAGUGAGGGGAAAGGGAGUGUACUAGCAAGUGAUUCAAAACUAGGAUUUGGAAAGGUGGAUCUUUCAUUUCCGUGGCCAAAAGAGAACAAAGGGGGCCCUGAACCAAUGCCUACAGAAUCCUCCCCUCCAGUUUUAGUUACUAGCGGUGAUCAGGACCUUAACUCCAGUGAGGCUAACAAAGCUUUGGAGUCUUCUCAAAUAUCUGGGGCCAGUGCUCAGCCAGCUAAUGUCUACACUCAGCCCUCUGGGACCUCUGAGCAGCUGGCGGCCAGGCCAGAGGUCUGUGCUCAGGGGCUUUCAGGGCCUGGAGAAGGGGGAAACCAGCAGGAAAUCUCAGCAUCUGGAGAACACUGGGAUACCAAAGGCAACCUCUCUAGCCCCGCUUGUCCUUCAGGGAAACAUGAGGAAGAACCCUCCACUGUCUCUGAGAUAUUUCACCAGCCAGAAAAGCAAGAAGAGGAGGCAGUGCCUGCCAGUACUGACUCUGAUUUGAAUGUACAGCAGCCAGUCACUCUGAAUGACAUCAAGGAGCUCAUUACCAACAAAAGCCCCACCAGCAGCAGUAGGUAUGGCUCCUCCUGUAAUGUGAGUCAAGGAAGCUCUCAGCUAAGUGAACUAGACCAGUAUCAUGAACAAGAUGACGACCAUCAGGAGAGGGACUCGAUUCAUUCUUGCCACAGCUCUCACAGCCUGUCCAGAGAUGGCCAAGCAGGUUUUGGAGAACAAGAGAAACCCUUGGAGGUGACAGGUCAAGCAGAGAAGGAGGCACCAUGUGAACCCAAGGAGACGAAAGAAGAUGCCACAACCCACCCUCCCCCAGAUCUGGUGCUGCAAAAAGACCACUUCCUAGGUCCCCAGGAGAGUUUUCCUGAGGAGAAUGCAUCUUCACCAUUUACCCAAGCCAGAGCACAUUGGAUCCGAGCAGUUACCAAGGUUCGACUCCAGCUGCAGGAGAUUCCAGAUGAUGGUGACCCCUCUCUGCCUCAGUGGCUCCCGGAAGGGCCAGCCGGAGGGCUCUAUGGCAUUGACAGCAUGCCAGAUUUACGCAGAAAGAAGCCACUGCCACUUGUCAGUGAUCUGUCACUGGUCCAGUCUCGGAAGGCAGGAAUCACUUCUGCAAUGGCUACACGCACUUCUCUUAAGGACGAAGAGCUGAAAUCCCAUGUGUAUAAGAAAACCCUGCAGGCCUUAAUCUACCCCAUUUCGUGCACCACUCCUCAUAACUUUGAGGUCUGGACGGCCACUACCCCAACCUACUGCUAUGAGUGUGAAGGCCUGCUCUGGGGCAUUGCCCGGCAGGGCAUGCGCUGCAGCGAAUGUGGAGUCAAGUGCCAUGAGAAGUGCCAGGAUCUGCUCAAUGCUGACUGCCUGCAGCGGGCUGCAGAAAAGAGCUGUAAACAUGGAGCUGAGGACCGGACCCAGAACAUUAUCAUGGCCAUGAAGGACCGCAUGAAGAUCCGAGAGCGAAAUAAGCCAGAGAUCUUUGAAGUUAUCCGGGACGUCUUCACAGUGAACAAAGCUGCCCAUGUGCAGCAGAUGAAAACAGUGAAGCAGAGUGUACUGGAUGGCACCUCCAAAUGGUCGGCCAAGAUCACCAUUACUGUGGUGUGUGCCCAGGGCCUACAAGCCAAGGACAAAACAGGAUCCAGUGACCCUUACGUGACUGUGCAAGUCGGCAAAACUAAGAAGCGUACCAAGACCAUUUUUGGAAACUUGAAUCCUGUUUGGGAGGAAAAGUUCCAUUUUGAGUGCCACAACUCCUCUGACCGCAUUAAGGUGCGUGUGUGGGAUGAGGAUGAUGACAUCAAGUCAAGAGUAAAGCAACGCCUAAAGCGAGAGUCCGAUGAUUUCCUUGGCCAAACCAUCAUUGAGGUUCGGACCCUAAGUGGCGAGAUGGACGUCUGGUACAACUUGGAGAAGAGGACAGACAAAUCAGCCGUCUCAGGGGCUAUCCGACUACAAAUCAGUGUGGAGAUCAAGGGGGAGGAGAAAGUAGCCCCAUACCACGUGCAGUAUACGUGUCUCCAUGAGAAUCUUUUCCAUUACCUCACAGACAUUCAGGGCAGUGGAGGAGUCCGCAUCCCUGAAGCUCGAGGAGAUGAUGCCUGGAAGGUGUACUUUGAUGAGACAGCCCAAGAAAUUGUGGAUGAAUUUGCCAUGCGUUAUGGCAUUGAGUCCAUAUAUCAGGCCAUGACGCACUUUGCAUGUUUAUCAUCCAAGUACAUGUGUCCUGGUGUGCCAGCAGUGAUGAGCACCUUACUGGCCAACAUCAAUGCCUACUAUGCCCACACAACUGCCUCUACCAAUGUCUCUGCAUCUGAUCGCUUUGCAGCCUCCAACUUUGGGAAGGAGAGAUUUGUAAAACUGCUGGACCAGCUACACAACUCACUGAGGAUCGACCUCUCUACAUACAGGAAUAAUUUCCCUGCUGGGAGUCCUGAACGGCUUCAGGACUUAAAAUCCACAGUGGAUUUGCUGACCAGCAUUACUUUCUUCAGAAUGAAGGUACAAGAACUGCAAAGCCCUCCAAGAGCCAGCCAGGUGGUAAAGGAUUGUGUGAAGGCCUGUUUGAACUCCACAUAUGAAUAUAUCUUCAACAACUGCCACGACUUAUACAGCUGCCAGUACCAGCUGAAGCAGGAGCUACCUCCAGAGGAACAAGGGCCCAGCAUUCGGAACCUGGAUUUCUGGCCCAAGCUCAUCACACUCAUCGUGUCAAUCAUAGAAGAAGAUAAGAAUUCCUACACACCUGUUCUGAACCAGUUUCCUCAGGAGUUGAAUGUAGGAAAAGUCAGCGCGGAAGUGAUGUGGCAUCUGUUUGCCCAAGACAUGAAAUAUGCAUUGGAGGAGCAUGAGAAAGACCACCUGUGUAAGAGUGCUGACUACAUGAACCUGCACUUCAAGGUGAAAUGGCUCCACAAUGAAUACGUGCGGGAUCUGCCUGUCCUCCAGGGGCAGGUGCCUGACUACCCAGCGUGGUUUGAGCAGUUUGUGCUACAAUGGCUGGAUGAGAAUGAGGAUGUAUCCCUGGAAUUCCUGCGUGGGGCCCUGGAACGAGAUAAGAAGGAUGGAUUCCAGCAGACAUCAGAGCAUGCACUCUUUUCCUGCUCUGUGGUGGAUGUCUUCACACAACUCAAUCAGAGCUUUGAGAUCAUCCGGAAGCUGGAAUGCCCAGACCCCAGCAUCCUUGCCCACUACAUGAGGAGGUUUGCUAAGACCAUCGGGAAGGUGCUGAUGCAGUAUGCAGACAUCUUGUCAAAGGACUUCCCAGCCUAUUGCACAAAGGAGAAACUGCCCUGCAUCCUGAUGAACAACAUGCAGCAACUGAGGGUCCAGCUGGAGAAAAUGUUUGAGGCCAUGGGAGGCAAGGAGCUAGACCUUGAAGCUGCAGACAGUCUGAAGGAGCUGCAGGUGAAACUGAAUACGGUUCUGGAUGAGCUCAGCAUGGUGUUUGGAAACAGUUUCCAGGUACGGAUUGAUGAGUGUGUUCGACAAAUGGCCGACAUCCUGGGCCAGGUUCGGGGCACAGGGAAUGCAUCUCCAGACACCAGGGCCUCAGCGGCUCAGGAUGCAGAUAGCGUACUCCGGCCUCUCAUGGACUUCCUGGAUAGCAACCUCACCCUCUUUGCCACUGUGUGUGAGAAGACGGUUCUGAAGCGUGUACUGAAGGAGCUCUGGCGCGUGGUGAUGAACACAAUGGAGAGGAUGAUUGUUCUGCCCCCACUCACUGACCAGACGGGCACCCAGCUGAUCUUCACUGCUGCCAAGGAGCUGAGCCAUCUUUCCAAACUCAAGGAUCACAUGGUGCGAGAGGAAACACGGAAUCUCACUCCAAAGCAGUGUGCAGUUCUUGAUCUCGCCCUGGACACCAUCAAGCAAUACUUCCAUGCAGGAGGCAAUGGGCUGAAGAAAACCUUCCUGGAGAAGAGCCCAGAUCUGCAGUCUCUACACUAUGCCUUGUCUCUGUACACACAGACUACUGACACUCUCAUCAAGACCUUUGUGCGCUCUCAGACCACCCAAGGGUCUGGUGUGGACGAUCCUGUGGGAGAAGUCUCUAUUCAGGUGGACUUGUUUACACACCCUGGUACUGGGGAGCACAAGGUCACAGUGAAAGUGGUGGCUGCCAAUGACCUCAAGUGGCAGACAGCGGGUAUGUUCCGGCCUUUCGUGGAGGUGACCAUGGUUGGCCCACACCAAACUGAUAAGAAGAGGAAGUUCACAACCAAAUCCAAAAGCAACAACUGGGCCCCUAAGUACAAUGAGACAUUCCACUUCCUCCUGGGAAAUGAAGAGGGGCCCGAGUCCUAUGAGUUGCAGAUAUGUGUGAAGGAUUACUGCUUUGCCCGGGAAGAUCGCGUGCUAGGGCUGGCUGUGAUGCCUCUGAGGGAUGUCACAGCCAAGGGCAGCUGUGCCUGCUGGUGCCCCUUGGGCCGGAAGAUCCACAUGGAUGAGACAGGCCUGACCAUUCUCCGGAUUUUGUCUCAGAGGAGCAAUGAUGAGGUGGCCCGAGAAUUUGUGAAACUCAAAUCAGAAUCUCGUUCCACGGAGGAGGGGAGCUGAACACCUUCGACUCCUGUGCCAAUCCGGCAGCAGCAAUUUCAGAAAUCAGGGCCAGUGGGAGUUAGCUGUGUAACCGGCUUAGGGUCUUUGCAGUCAAGAGGCUGACCACUUCAGUUAAAGAUAUUUAAGGAAAAAUUUGGGGUGGUGAUAAUAUGGCUUUUCACACAAAGGGUCAUGAAGCCCUGACCCAGCAAGACUGUGGUACUAGGGGCUGGGAUGUGGGGUUACCACAUGGAGAGAUUUGCCAUAAAGAGAGAAGGACAAACAUUUCUGAGAGUGUCAGCCAUUCUUGGUAGACACCCCUCCACUCCUCAUCCCACCUCUACCCAUCUCCAUGCCACACCUUAUCCAGUUAGACACAUACAUACCAAUCAUUAGAAGAACAAGUUUAGAGGGUGUGGAACUUGUGCCUGGCUGGCUGGGUAGUCAGUUGAGCCUGUUGCUGAGCUCUGUGGUCUGGAUUGGAGUAUGGCCAGGGCAGGAGUACACAGAAUAGAAUUUAGACCGUCCCUUGAGUAGAAUCCACUGAUUUUCUGUGGCUCCAGUGAGAACAAGGCUUUGAAACUGAACAAGAUACCUUCUAGAAAUGAACUGUGCUAAUCCCUUUCCCCAGAUUGUAUCAUGAGUAGAAUCAGGUUCACGUGGUGCUUCAAAGCCCUGAAAAGAAUAUUUCUUUGGACCCCAGGCACUAGGGGCCACCUGCCUGGGAGUCUCCCUGCCUCACUCCUCUAGGCAGGGGAGUGAUGCUUCAGGACGUGACAGGCUGUUCUAACAUGUAUCUACCUGAGGGCUAGUUGAAGGAUCCAGGAGUAUUUUCUCCGUGGGUGGGCCCUGAACAAAGCCAAAAAUUGUAGAAACCAGUCUAGAAAUAAAGUCCUGCUCAUCUGUGGCCACUGCCUUCUAGCCAUCCUCCACCUUGCAGAAAGAAUCUAGCCUUUGGUCUCUCUCUGUCUUUCAUCUGGGUCAUUUGCUAUUCCCCUCAGAUACUCAACCCUAUAGAAGGAGCCUGGACUCUGAUCCCUCUGUACAGGCUGGAUGGAGGCGGCCCUCAACACUCCCUGGGAGGUCAGAGACAAACUGUUUCAGAGAGUCAGAUGGACUUCCCAAGACUUGUUGAGAGAUGUGACAUGGUUCUUGGAUUUCCUCUGUAGCAGCUUCCUGGACUUCCUGAGGACUCGACAUUGUCCACAGAUGUACUGGCCAUUACAUGAAACAAGAAACCAAGCAUCUUUGCUGUUGUUAAUUAUUAUAUGUGCCACUGUUACAGGAGAUUAUAGGCUAGUCUGUAAUAAAUUAUCUUAUAGCA